AUGACGUUGGCACCCCUCCCGAGCGACGACAUCGAUGACACGGCGCGCGACGCCGACGCGUCUGUCGUGGCGGCGAACCGACAGUUAGUCAGCGCGCUCGAUCGGGUUGUUUUGUCGUCAUCGUGCGAAGAGAAAUUUGGUGCCAAGGCGAUGGUGAGCGCGCACGAGAUGCGCCGAGAAGCGAGCGCGAGAGAGCUCCACGGCUUGCGCGCCGAGCUCGGCGCGCCCGAGGUUGGAUUCGGACCGGACACCGCCUUGUUGGUCGUGGACGUGCAACCGGUGUACUGGAGUGAGAACCCGGAGGUUGUGCGAUCGUUUCCAGAGCUUCCGAAUAAUAUGCGGACUUUACUGAACGCGGCGCGCGCGGGGGGCGCCUAUGUCGCCCACGUCCGGGCGUCGUACGCCUAUCACACUUGUCCCUGGUUACAAACGUUCGAGAGGAUGAACCCGGGGCGCUCAAAGUAUGAGAUCGAUCCACACGAGACCGAACCGUUCGCGGAGCCUUUGGAGGGCGAGGCGGUGUUUCACAAGCGCACGUUUGACGCGUUUUAUGGCGAAGGAUGCUUGUCGCCCGAACUCCGCGCGGCUGGCGUAAAAACCGUCGUCGUGUGUGGACUCAUCACGAGCGUGUGCGUGCAACACUGCGUCUUCGGCGCUUUCAACGCCGGUUUCCGUGUCGCCGUCGCACACGACGCGUGCGGCGAUAGAAGUAGAGCGAGACACGAAGCUGCGCUCGAGCUGUACGCCGAUUACAUGUACGAGGCGUACUCCGUGCAAGACGUUGUGAGAAACACGCGCAAACGAAUGAUGGAAGAAAAGACUCUCAGCCCGAGCCCGGCGUCAAGCUCUUGGAUUCGAUCGGCCGCGCGCGAUCCUGUCUCCAUCGUUCGAGCCACCGAAGUGGCCUUCGUCGCAGACGAACCGGUGCCACUGGGAUCGAGUCCAGAAUCAGGCUCUCCAUCUCGCUUCGCCAAAGAAGCCUCCUACCGAGCGUCACCCGCGAGCACGCUCAAUUUAAGCGCUCGAUAA